AUGGAUGAUAAUUGGCUUGAUUAUGAAAGCGAUGAUAGUGACAAUGCUCAUGCUGAAGACAGUGGUUCAGAAACUGAAAAUAUUGAUAGUGAAACAGCAGAAGAUGAAGAAGAGAUCGAUUUAGAAAAACCUAAUUUAGAAGAAAGUGAUCCAUAUGAAAAUGACACGCAAGGCUGUUCAUACAGUUCAAGAUCUGAUAUGGUGUGGUCUUCCACUCCAUCUUAUUCAUCGCCAACAAAACAUCAUGGUAAUGUAAAGUUAACACCUGGAUCAACUGAAUUGACCUCACAUGUGGCUUCUGUUGAAGAUGCAUUUCUCUGCUUUAUAUCGGAAGAAAUGUUAAAGAAAAUUUUACGUUAUUCGAAUACUGCAGGAAACUCAAACAGAACUCUCGAUGACAGUUUUGAAGAAAUAUCAAUUGUUGAAUUAAAGGAUUUUAUUGGUCUUUUACUAAUAUCUGGUUUACUCAGAAAAUCAAGAAAAAGUAUUAAGUCUUUAUGGACUAGAAGUUCAAUGGAGUCUCCAGUAUUUAGAGCAACAAUGUCGCGAAAUCGAUUUGAAACAAUAUCUUUGUCUUAG